AUGGUACGGGUCAAAAAAGUUAAUUCUAUUUUCAGUGUUUUGGAACAGAAUCAUCCACUAAAGAAUAGCGAUAGCGGAAUGUUUCUGUUGAAUUCUUUUGGCCAGCCCAAAACAGCAGAAGGUAUGUAUUGUCUGUUAAGUAAGGAUAUUAACUCCAUUUGCAAUUCUGUCCUGCGGUCAAGCAUGGAUGAAUAUGUACCUUGGAAAACGUUAUCUGGUGUUAUCAAGAAGGAGUUAAUAUCAAGAGCCUCCAGGGAAGCUCAUCUUUUAAACAUUGCAGACAUUGUCAAUUGUUGUAAAGAUAAUUGGGCCAUUUACUUCAUGUUAAAGAGCUGCUGGUCAAACAAGGCUCCCUCCAAAAUGAACAAAAACCUAUUAUUAACAUGUCAUACUUUCCAAUGA